AUAGUUUUUGUUGAGUCAUGUUCACCGAGGAAGUGAGAGGUAUCCCAAGGUUUGUGGUGUGUGCGCGUGUAUGUGGUGGUGGUGGCUAUCCUGGGCACUACUAAACAGGGGAGUUAUCUCACUCCAACAGUCACUGUGUUAUGUGAGGGAAAUAGUGAAGGCAAGUGAGCGUAUUUUGUCUCUUUUGCGCUGAACGAUGGGACAAAGAUUUUUCUUGUUACUGUGGUAGUUGUGCAGUCAGCGGAUCACCGACAUCUACCCUUCGUUUGUUUAUUAAAUAAGUUUCAGCGUCUUCACUACCAUGGGGGCAGUCAGCGCUAUCCUCUUCGUUUUCAUCGGCUGUUGUAGCAAUGUUGUGUUCCUGGAGCUUCUAGUAAAGGAGGAGCCAGCGUGUGGGAGUCUGCUUACUUUCGCCCAAUUCAUCUUUAUAGCAAUAGAAGGCUUCGUCGUGACUACCGACUUCGGCAGAAAAAAGAACGUUAUCCCGAUCAAAGAUUAUCUAGUACUUGUCACGAUGUUCUUCUUAGUCAACGUCACCAAUAACAUGGCCUUUGGUUAUAACAUUUCCAUGCCGCUACAUAUUAUCUUCAGAAGUGGAGGCCUUAUAGCCAGCCUUUUGAUGGGCAUCCUGGUCCUGGGUCGACAUUACACCGUUACCAAGUACCUGUCCGUGCUGAUGAUUACACUCGGCACUAUCAUCUGUACCUUCGCUUCUGCUGAACACUUGGACGAGGAGCCUGCGGACUCCGAGGGCUUCUCCAGCUUCACCACUUGGCUCAUGGGCAUCGCUAUUCUAACCUUCGCACUCUUCAUGUCGGCUCGUAUGGGCAUCUACCAGGAGUGUCUCUAUACUAAGCACGGCAAACACCCCCACGAGGCACUCUUCUUUAUUCACACAUUGUCACUGCCUGGGUUCCUGAUAACAGGGAGUAGUAUUGUGGAUCACGUGGCCAGAUUCAGCAGGUCAGCUCCUCUUCCUGCCCUUUCCCAAUUGCCCGGCCUUGCCUUCGUGCCCAGACUCUGGCUCUUCCUCCUGGGUAACGUCCUCACUCAGCAUCCUUUUAUUCUUAUUGCCAGGACCACCAUAAUUUUCCUUUCAAACAAAAUAAAAAUGAAUUAUUAAUAAUAUAUAAGAAAACUAGCAAAACUAAUGUUACUGGGGGGUACGUAGGUCAUUUAUCAAAUAUGUGCUAACGCAUACCUAUCCGAUAUUAAUUCGUAAAUGGUAAAACUUACCUUGUUUCAUAACUGUAAAUUUCAUCGUAUAUGAAUUUUUUUCCAUUUAGUAGGAACAAUGAAAACAAAUAUGUCCCUAUUUGAUAAAAACAUAAUUUGUGUGUGUUUGUGUACCUGUAUGUGUGUAUUUGUGUUUUACACUUAAUAAGAAAAACCGCCGCUUAAGCCUUCAAAAGCAAGUGAAGUUUUUGCCAAAUAGGGAUAACUUGGUGUUAUUAUUACUCUAAGUCAAUGGAAAUUAAUUCGUAUAUGGUCAAAUUUGUUGUUUCACGUGAGGCGUGCAUUACCCUCAAAAUAUAGCGAAUCUAUACCUAAAGUAGGUUAGGUUAUGUUUGUUUAGUAAUUGUCAGUACAAGUGAUAAUAUAUUACACAAAUUUAUUUGUCAGUGGCCCAAGGUUAAAAAUGCUUUGAAAACAUUCGAGGUAGAUGUAGGAUAGAUGAUUAGUGGGUCUCAUAUUAUUUACCUGACUUGACGUGACUAUUUAUAGUUACGUCGCCCUUUCUUUUAGCUCCUCUUAUUUUUGCGGUGGUGGUGGUGUGUAGAUUAGUAGAUGUCAUGUUUUUGGCCUGACCUCAUGUUUCGUAGGGUCACCCUGUGUACAUAAGCCUCUUUCUUAGUCCUUGUGUGUGUGUGUUUGUGUUACGCUAAAUAAGGAUAAUUGCCAAUUAGCGAUAACUCUACGUAUUUAUCUUUUUUGGGAAACUACAUAUGUAGAAGACUGAUGUGUGCAUAGAAAAAACAAAUUA